AUGCGGCACUACAGGCUGAGGGCAGAGCGGCUGCAAAGUGGCCUCGUGGAAAAGGACCAGUGGUCAAUAGCAGCUGAACGUGAGCCACAGAGUGUGGAGGUGGCCAAGAAGGCGGCACCUCGAAUACUGAGUUCAGUUCUGGGCCCCUCAGUUCAGGAAGGACGUGGAGGUUCUGGAGCGUCUCCCGAGCAGGACAAUGAAGCUGGUGAAGGUCUGGAGCGCAUCUCCUGUGAGGAGCAGCUGAGGGAGCUGAGGGUGUUUAGGUGGGGAAGAGGCGGAUCAGGGCGGUGCAUAUCUCUCUACAACUGUCUGAAAGGAGAUUGUGGCCGGGUGGGGGUCGGUCUCUUCUCCCAGGCAACCAGCGACAGAACCAAAGGACAUGGCCUCAGGCUGCGCCAAGGGAGGUUCAGGCUGGACAUUAGGAAGAAAUUCUUCACAGAAAGGGCGAUUAAAUACUGGGACGGACUGCCCAGGGAGGCGAUGGAGUCAUCGUGCCUGAGGGUGUUUAAAGAACGAUUUGGCACUUCGCGCCAUGGUCUAGUUGACGUGGUUAUAUGUUCGGCCACAGGCGUGAUCGCCACGGCCCUCGGUGGGCGGGGCGAGGGCCGCGCAUGCGCCCGGCGCCGGCUGCGGGACACCCGGUCGCGAGCGUAUGUGCGCGCCCGCCGCUCCCGUGAGGCGGGGGGCUGCGCGCGAGCCGUCGCGAGCUCGCCGCUCGGCCUCCUGCGGACAGGUUGGCAGUACAUUUUAAAGAAAGGUCAUGCAACCAGUGCUAAAAAUUGGAGCUUGCUUUUGUACGUUAUAUUUCCUCUGAUGCCCUUUCUGGCUGUGUUCAUUGUCUGGGAAAAGACUAGACUAUUUAGGAAGUUUGAAGACAAAGAUAGUGGGAACAUUGAGAAGGCCAGAGAAUGUUCAGUUGAAAUCCGACACAAAUCCAGUGAUUACCCUCACAGAGUUGCAAAGUAUCCAGAGAACAGAAAUCGAAACAGAUACAGAGAUGUUAGUCCAUAUGAUCACAGUCGUGUAAAACUCCAGAACACCGAUAAUGACUAUAUCAAUGCCAGCCUAGUGGUCAUAGAAGAAGCCCAGAGAUAUUAUAUUCUAACGCAGGGUCCACUACCUAAUACAUGUUGUCACUUUUGGCUAAUGAUAUGGCAACAACAAACCAAAGCAGUUGUCAUGCUGAACAGGAUUGUUGAAAAAGAAUCGGUGAAGUGUGCACAAUACUGGCCAACAAAAGAAGAGGAAGUUAUGACAUUCAGUGAAACAGGUUUCCGUGUGAGACUAGUGUCUGAAGACAUCAAAUCCUAUUACACAGUGCAUCUACUGCAAUUAGAAAAUAUCAACAGUGGCGAGUCCAGGAUGAUCUCUCAUUUUCAUUAUACUACAUGGCCAGACUUUGGAGUUCCUGAAUCCCCAGCUUCAUUCCUGAACUUCCUGUUUAAAGUCAGAGAAUCUGGCUCACUGAGUCCUGAACACGGACCUGCAGUAGUUCACUGCAGUGCAGGAAUAGGACGUUCCGGCACAUUUUCCUUAGUAGAUACCUGUCUUGUUCUGAUGGAGAAAAAAGACCCAUUUUCUGUAGAUAUUAAGAAGGUAUUACUGGAUAUGAGAAAAUAUCGAAUGGGACUUAUUCAGACUCCUGAUCAACUAAGAUUUUCAUAUAUGGCUGUAAUAGAAGGAGCAAAAUUUAUAAUGGGGGAUUCAACUAUACAGAAACGGUGGAAGGAGCUCUCUAAGGAGGACCAAGCGCCAAGUUCCGAGCAGUCUCCUCCACACCCAGCCAAAAUAACCACAGAGAAGUACAAUGGGAACAGCAUAGUCCUGGAGAACAAAGAUCAGAUGGAGAAAAUAAACACUGACCUGUCCACUAAAGUUCAAGAUAUCACAGAUGGGAACAUUGAAAAUUCUUCUGUCCGAAAACGACUGCGAGAGGAUAGAAGAGCAAACACAGCACAGAAGCUGCAGCAGAUGAAGCAGAAGCUAAAUGAGACUGAAAGAAAAAGAAAAAGGCCGAGACUGACUGACACCUAAGCCUUCAAGACUUGUGAAUAUUCUGCAGCUAUAAACUGCAAAUUAUUGACAUGCAAAGCAAGACAUGACCCCCCCUCUUCGGGAACAAAAAGUGAGGUCUGUUAAGUACCAAGAAGACCUCAGUUAUCUGUUUACAGCGUAAACUGCACCGAGGGGAUGAAGACCACCAGCAGCGUGUGCUACUUUGCAAAACAAAAUAAUUUACCAUCUUGUGUUUUUAUAAUUGCCUGUAUUAAUGUAGAAAGAUGUAAAAGAAAUAAAUUAGGAAGUAUUUUGUUUUGUACUGCCAUUCUUAUUGUAUUUUUAUACUUUUUGGCAGCAUUAAAUAUUUUUUUAAAUUGAUGUGCUGUUGUGUGCGCGUUAUGUUAGGGAGAACCUUUUAAGAGCGUGUGUUGUGGAAAAAGAAGGGUUUUGCCUUAAGGUUUCCUGAUACCUGUCUUAACUGGAAAGUGGCAAAAUUAGAAUGUGCUUUAUGCAAGUACUUUCAUUAAUGCUAAGUAUUGUAGUUUGAUUUAGGAGGAACUCUUGCACAUUUGUUUUGUAAUACACCAUUAAGAAUAUUAUUUUAUUAAUCUGACCAGUUGGUUUGGUAAUUCUUUUUAUGUUUGCUAUAAAAUAUGCACAAAAUGUUCUGAGUGACUUUGUGACAGGAAAGUGUUCUGUUGGUGAUGCUUUAAAGGGAGGAAAGAGGGAAAACCUGAACUCUCUUGACCCAUGGUCCUGUGUAGUUAAUUGGAGCUGAGGAACAAAAAUGAAGCGCACAAAAGUCAGUGGUGUCUGUAAUUAAACAGGUUUUGGAUUGUGCCAUUGCCAUGUGUUCUAUGUAUGGUAUUUUCCUUCACGUCUCCCACCUUCUGUCAGUGUUCUCCUCGACAUAAUCAGGAUGGAUUGGA